UGUCAGGAAAAACGGAGUUUAAAUGUAUUUGGCUAAGGUGUAUGUAAACUUCCGACUUCAACUGUAUAUAGCAGUUUUCUCAUCACAUGCAAUCGAUAGAUGUCCAUCACCAUAUGUAUCUGUCCUGUACCUAUUGGCUACCACAACYGUUAUUUUUGGUCAAACUUGUGCAGGUGAUGACUGCAUGGUGUGAAACUCAAUUAUCAGAUGUCAAUAUGUAUUUUUUUUUUUAAGAUGACACUGAACAAGUAUAUUGUUAGCAAASAAUAGCCCAAGGCUACUUAUUUACAUAGGUCUACAUAAUAAUAUUGGACCUAGACUGAACCCUUUGUUUCAGACAGAAUAAAACACUGAAUAUUAWUUUAAUCAAUAUGUAUUUUUUUUCUUGGGAAAUUGUGUAAUUUUCAUAUUCAAACAUGUGCGGGGGAGAUUUGARUCAUGACAUUAGCCCACGCAAGCUUCCACAUCCACUUAUCCUCGAGAGGCGGAAAAAACUUCACCUGCCCUUCAGCUCCGCCCUCCGGUUGGCUCUCCCGCCUCUUACCCGGUCCCACUGCGCCCGCCGCCCUGCCAACCACCGGGUAGAGUCAACAUGGUUCAUCCACGGAAGCUGUAGGCGACGAUAAAGACACCUCUCCAUUUUCAACUGAAUCCAGAACAGACACUGCCAAAAAAGACUGAAGACUGAGAGAAACACUCUGACUGAAGAUURUAUCAGGAUAUCUCAGGUUACUGCUAGAGGGACUGUGAAGAUGUCAUUCACCACCGCUGUCCAUCUCCUGGCACUGGUGGUAAUAUGUGACCGGGUUAAAUCUCAUCGCAUCAACUUCAACAAUGUCAAACCUCCUGUGGAAGCCACUCCAUUCCCUAAGAGCUUCAAGUGCUUCACCUGUGAGAGAGCUGCAGACAACUACACCUGCAACCGCUGGGCUGAGGACAAGUGGUGUCCACCGAAUAGCCAGUUCUGUAUGACAGUGCACCAUUUCACCAGUCACGGCAAGACCAAGUUUGUAACCAAGAAGUGUGCUGCUCGURAGGAGUGUCAUACGUCUGGCUGUAGACAUCACAGGGACACAGGUCACACUGAGUGUGUGUCAUGCUGUGAGGGUAUGAUCUGCAACGUGGAGGUCCCUACCAACCACACCAAUGCUGUGUUUGCCAUGAGGCAGCAGGCCUACAGCUCAGCCCCAUCCCAGACUCCUGUUAGGACAACGUGGAGCUGCUGCUGGCUGACGUUACUGUCCACUCUAGGCCUGGGGCUGACCAGGCUGGUCCUACUGUGAAACUACUGUCACUCAAACCAGGUCCCUAUAGAGGGGACCAGACUGGACCAGAACAACAUGUCCCUCAGACCGGUUCCUAUAGAUGGGACCA